GAGAUCCCGCUGACAAGUUCUCUUUCUGAAACUUUCGAAUAUUGACGGUAACUUUCCUGUUGGUUCGUAAUACUUGAUUGAGUCGAGACGCUGCAGUUAAUAGGUGGGAUGAGGAGGUGAAAGUCACUCACAAACUCUGACUCGUUCUCGGACUGUACUGACAGCUAGUUCUCAGAGAAGCUGUUAUGCUUCAGCGAGAGCGCUGCCCUGCAGAUGGAGACCUGGGUUCCCUGCAGUCUCACGCAGGAACAGGCGAAAUCCACAACUCCGGGUUCCGUCCAGACCUCAUCCCGAAUGCCAUAGGUCCCGGCAGUCGGUGUUCAGCGAGCCCACCAGGUGACGGUUUCGCCCUGUGAAGUCAGUCCCAGGAGUGCUGCAGAGAAGGACUCGCCCCUCGCUGGGAGCCUGAGAAGGGUCAGGCAAAGGCCAAGUCCACGCCCCUGCGGGGGCGCCACCCACCGCCGCCCAAGCGACCCCGGGUGAGCGGGCGCUGGCGGCCGGCAGGGGGCGCUGUGCGACGACGGCCGAGAGGCGGGGUCUGAGACGCAGGCUGCUAGCUGCGGGAAUCAGGCUCCCCGUGGGCUGGGAGUCCCAGCAGCGGCUCGCCGUUGGGUCCCACGGAGGAGCGGUUUUGCGCUUGGGAGCAAUUUUGCGGUCUUCACAGGAGGGAUGCUCGACCUACAUUCUCAUCGUGAACGUUUCAAGAAAGGUAGCUGAAGCCUUACUAUUUUAUAGCAUUUGUGGAGAUUGGUAAAGAUAUUACAAAGCAAGAAGAACUUUGGAAAAUGAAGCCUGAGAGAAAUCUGGAUGAUGACACCUACUCGUCUCAGGACACGGGAGAGACCAGCAUGCUGAAAAGACAGGCACAUUUGCCGCACAUGGUCCACGUCGACGCAUUUGACUGCCCCUCUGAGCUUCAGCACACACAGGAAUUCUUCCCAAACUGGCGCUUGCCAAUUAAAAUCGCUGCCAUUGUAUCGUCUCUGACCUUCCUGUACACUGUUCUGAGGGAAAUCAUCUACCCUUUAGUAACGUCCCGUGAACAAUAUUUUUAUAAGAUCCCAAUCCUGGUCAUCAACAAAGUCCUGCCGAUGGUCUCCAUCACACUCCUGGCACUGGUCUAUUUGCCAGGGGUGAUAGCGGCAGUUGUGCAGCUUCGCAAUGGAACCAAGUACAAGAAAUUCCCCCCGUGGCUAGAUAGGUGGAUGCUGGCCAGGAAGCAGUUCGGGCUCCUCAGCUUCUUCUUGGCUGUGCUGCACGCGCUUUAUAGUCUGUCUUACCCAAUGAGGCGCUCCUACAGAUACAAGCUGCUCAACUGGGCGUACAACCAGGUUCAGCAAAACAAAGAGGAUGCCUGGAUUGAGCAUGAUGUUUGGAGAAUGGAGAUUUACGUGUCCCUGGGGAUUGUGGGGCUAGCCAUCCUGGCUCUCCUGGCAGUGACAUCUAUUCCGUCUGUGAGUGACUCUUUAACAUGGAGAGAAUUUCACUAUAUUCAGAGCAAACUAGGAAUUGUCUCUCUUCUUCUGGGCACAGUGCACGCUUUGAUUUUUGCCUGGAAUAAAUGGGUGGAUAUCAACCAGUUUGUAUGGUACACGCCUCCGACUUUUAUGAUAGCCGUUGUCCUUCCAACUGUUGUCCUGAUGUGUAAAGUCGUGCUCUCCUUGCCCUGCUUGAGGAGGAAGAUAAUGAAGAUUAGAUGUGGCUGGGAAGAUGCCAGCAAAACAAACAGGACGGAGAUGGCCUCCAGGCUGUAGAAUUGCUCAAUAUUGAUAUGUUUUACUAUAAACAUCUCAAGUUUGUGUUUGUUAAUAAAAUGAAUACUUCAGGAUAA